AUGAGUCCGGAGGGCGACACCCCCAGCCCGCCCGCCCGCCCCCUCCCUCCUUAUGAGAGAGGGAGCGCGGCGCCGGAGCCACACUGCGCCGAGCCCGCGCCCCGCCGCCACCUCGGCCCGGGAGCCAGGAGCGAGCCCUGCGUGUCCGCGCGGGGCGCCCGAGCCGCGGGGCCUCCGGGCGCGAUGCAGAGAGCCGGAGGCGGCGGCGCUCCCGGGGCCAGCGGCGGGGGCGGCGGGGUCCCGGGCACUGCCUUCUCCAUCGACUCCCUGAUCGGGCCGCCGCCGCCGCGCUCUGGCCACUUGCUCUACACCGGCUACCCCAUGUUCAUGCCCUACCGGCCGCUCGUGCUGCCGCAGGCGCUGGCCCCGGCGCCGCUGCCCGCCGGCCUCCCGCCCCUCGCCCCGCUCGCCUCCUUCGCCGGCCGCCUUACCAACACCUUCUGUGCGGGGCUGGGCCAGGCCGUGCCCUCGAUGGUGGCGCUGACCACCGCGCUGCCCAGCUUCGCCGAGCCGCCCGACGCCUUCUACGGGCCCCCGGAGCUCGCCGCCGCCGCCGCCGCCGCCACUGCCACGCGAAACAACCCGGAGCAGGGCGGCCGACGCCCGGAGGGCGGGCUGGAAGCCGACGAGCUGCUGCCGGCCCGGGAGAAAGUGGCAGAGCCCCCGCCGCCCCCGCCUGCGCACUUCUCAGAGACUUUCCCAAGUCUGCCGGCAGAGGGGAAGGUGUACAGCUCAGAUGAGGAGAAGCUGGAGGCCCCAGCGGGAGACCCAGCAGCCAGCGAGCAGGAGGAAGAGGGCUCAGGCGGCGACAGCGAGGACGACAGUUUCCUGGACACUUCUGCAGGGGGCCCUGGGGCUCUUCUGGGACCUAAACCGAAGCUAAAGGGAAGCCUGGGGACUGGAGCUGAGGAGGGGACACCGGUGACCACAGGGGUCAGCGCCCCUGGGGGAAAAAGCCGCCGGCGCCGCACGGCCUUCACCAGCGAGCAGCUCCUGGAACUGGAGAAGGAGUUCCACUGCAAGAAGUACCUGAGCCUGACGGAGCGCUCCCAGAUCGCCCACGCCCUCAAGCUGAGCGAGGUGCAGGUCAAGAUCUGGUUUCAGAACCGCCGGGCCAAGUGGAAGCGCAUCAAAGCUGGCAAUGUGAGCAGCCGUUCCGGGGAGCCUGUCAGGAACCCCAAGAUCGUCGUGCCCAUACCCGUGCACGUCAACAGGUUCGCUGUGCGCAGCCAACACCAGCAAAUGGAGCAGGGGGCCCGGCCCUGACCCGAGCAAGGACCCGCGGCUGGGCUGUGCCCACACAGGAGGGACCGCAGCGGGGAGAGGCCCACGGUGCUCCCCGCCCUGAGACCUUCAGGGCCACAGGGGCUCCGGGUCUACUCGCCAGGGAGGUGCUGGGACUGGGGUGGACUCCUCGGGCCCAUGGGGCUUUAAAUGCUCGGGGCCUGAAGGGUUCUGUGGCUGAUGUCCAGGAACAGCUUCUGACCAAACGGAGGAGCCCAGGGCGACACCAGCCCAGAUGGAUGGCAGCUCCUUAUUUAUUUUAUGUAAAGUUUGUAUAUAUGGAGCUGUGUCUCUGUCUGCACUCCUAAGAAGCUUCGGGAAAGGUCUGUUUCAUCGAGCCUCAGCCAGAGUUCAUUCCAUCCUGCACUCGGCCGGCCGUGGGCAGCGUCUCUUCAGUGCAAGGUGUGGGAAGAGAUGGCUGGAACCACCACCAGCAGCCUCCAGGGGGACCACUGCUCCCCUCACCCCUGCCUCCCGCUUGGCCCUGCUCCCACGUCCACCCCUCACCUCCGUCCACCCCUCACCUCCGGCUACAGCCACUGUUCCUCCUCCAGGUAAACAGGCCUCUUUGGAAGAGGUGGCUGACUUCAGGGGGUGAGACUCACUCCCAUUUGUAUUAAAGCUAAAUGACGGCACCUGACCCUCAAUGGCUGGUGAGUGUUGGGGCCAGCUAACUGGCUAGAGGUCGCCAGUCCAGUCAGUGACAGGGGCAGGGUGGGGCUCGCUCACACUACCUGUGAGUAUCUUAAGCACUGGGUGCAGAGGACACAGCCACCAGCAACCGAGUGGCCUCUGCUGCCCUUUGUAUUUCAGAUGCGAGGGCCCAGGGAGGGAGGACCCAUCUCUGGUGCUCUUCAGCACUGUUUCCGAAGCUUCAGGUACUGCAGCCUCUUCUGCUACAGAACAAGGUGGGCAUAGAGGGGUCACUGCCAAAUGGAGGGGACAGGAGCCAGUCUGAUGGUUCUGGAAAGGUGUGUGCUGUGGGGAAGACCAGAGCGAGGCUGUGGGAUUGGAAGGGACGAUGUUGGUGGAUAAAGCAAACACCCGAGCUACACCCUCCAGACACACUGCACAGACUGCAGGCAGAGGGACUGUUAGGGAGACCCGCUGAGGCCGGUUCACGGCAGGCCAGCUGCUUGGGAAGAACUUGGCCAUCUUGGUGGAGAGGAGAGCUAGUGUGAACAGGCCGUGGAGAAGACAAAAACAGCAGGCUACAACUAAGACGGGAACCCCGGGUGUUCAAGUCAGGGUCAGAGGGAAGCCAAACGCCCCACCAACCCCCGUACCCUCCUCAGAGGACCAAUGAUAGUUCCUGGAAUGACAAAUUAGUCAAUGUCUCAUUGACUUGUCUUACGGCUCGACUGAGGUUGCCCUUCCUGAGCAGCUUGUCUCUCCCAAAGCAAGCAGCCGGGAGCUGAGGCUGGUCAGUGACGAUAGAAAGGUCUACUGUUGAGUGAGGACCCCCAGGCCCAGGCUGUCUGUGUCCCUCGGCUAAGUUUCAGCUGGGCUUCUGAUUACAGCUUAAAGUAUGAAGUCCAGACCUGCCGGGUCCCUGGCCUGACCUGCCAAGGCUAAGUCCCCUUGGUACCUUAGGCUCACCCUGCACAGGGAACCAACAGGAUUAGGUUGUUUUGAGGAGAUAAGUCAGACAGAGGUUGACAAGGACAGCUCUGUCCCUUCAGCAGGGUUGGGGCAGAGGCUCUAGCUCGACGCCCAGUGUGGAGGGCAAGUGAGCACUGAGCAGAAAGGCCGGAGGGACCAGCCACCACCAAGGCCACUGUGUGUCUCCCCUGGCUCUGUGCCUGGCCGAGCAGGGUCCCGCCGGCCCGAGCGGCUUGUCUUGAGGGAGUCUGGAGGUGACUGCGGCUAGUGUUUCCCAAGUCCAGGAACCCAGUCCCACACACCAUGGCCCAGGCCCUUCUGCCCUGAUCUACGUGUAAGGCUCUUAACAGCCUUGCAAAAGGGGACGUGGACAAAGAAAUAAAACCUGGUUUCCUC